AUGGUCGGCACCGAGGACAGCGUCGCCACUGGCGAAUUUUCACCAGUAUCAGUGGUCUACCAACACUACGAAGACGACAACUUGGAAGACUUCGUCGCAGGCGCUGUGGCUAUCCUCGACUACGACCCCGAAAUAACUCGCUACGACACAAUCCAGCUCCUCCUGAUGCUCGCAAACUCCGUCGAGUGUGACGCCGACACACUCUGCUACAUCGUGGAGGCCGAGCGGCUCUACAAGACGGCUCGUGCUUCUUCUUAUCUGCAACCACAUGAGAUCGCCAGCCUCGACAACCUCGGCGAGAAGCUCGAUCAGGUCAUGACGCUCGUGUACAACCCCCCGGACCCAAAGGCGCUUGAGAUGGAGGAUAGCGAAGUGGAGGGAAGUGAUCUGUCGGAUUCGCCGUCUGCGCGGUCGUCGUCCCUCGGUGAGGAUGGUAUUGGUGAAGAAAGAAGAGAAGAAGGCGAGGAUUCGACCUGA